CCCUCCCCCGCCCGCCCCGCCGCGGCCGCGCCGGGCUUAAAAACCUUCGCCGCCGGGCGGCGGAGUUACAAAGGGCUCGGCUGCCUCCUUUGUCCUGGAUUGGGGAGUCGAGAGCCUCCGUCGCCAUUGGCUUUCCUCCCCCAGCUCCAGCCUCUCUCAUCUCGGGAAUCUGCGUCAGAAGUCACUCGCAGUCCUGCCAGCCCAGGUCAUCAGCCCAGCUGAAGAUUCUUCUUCCUGCCUUCAAGACAAGAGAUUUAAGUCCUUCUGAACACUUGGAAAGAGCAGUGCCCGAACACCUAGAAGAAGAGUAGAAAGGGACUUCCAAAGUGCCUCUGGCAGCUCACACCUCUCUGAAGCUCCCAGGGUCCAGCUGUGAAUGCGCCGCACAAGCCAAGAAGCUCAGACGGAGACAUCCUGCCAUAACUAGAACUCUAGUGGAAAGCCAGCCCCUGGAAUACCAAAGGCUUCCAUUGAGAAGAAACGUACAAUGAAUGUUCUCAGAAGCCUACUAAUUUGUUUCUGUCUUUGUAUCCUCUCUGCAGGAUGGAAGGACAACUCGAUGGUCCGUAUUGCUCAGUCACUGGCUUCCUCCAUGCAGGCAGUAGACUGUUGGAUCUGUGUCCCGAGAGCCCGAGCUGUCGUAGAUCAUAGUGAUCCUCUUGUCCACCCUGUCACUAAUUUCACUCAGGUUCCAGAUGGGGUGUGGACACCAACACUGGACCUCAGGGCCCGUACUAUUAUGUACCGGGUACGGAUAGUACACUAUCCAGUUGAGGGUUCGUCCCCUGUCCCCUGUCUAACUCUUCCACUUAUCGCAGCUAAUGCCAUCUACAUAACCCACAUUGAUGACAAUGGCAAGGAAACUCGGAUUCCCAAGUAUUUUGAAAUGAUCUCCCCUCCCAAGUCAGGACAGUUACCCAUGUGUAUCCAGAAAAACACUCGGUUUUCUGCAGAGGAGUUUAAAGUAGUAGCUGAUUACUCCUUCCAGAAUCAUCCUUGGAUAGAAAGGACAGGGUUUCGAGUCGGGGAAUACUUCCACACCAGAGAUCCAUUGAAGUAUUUUAAAGAUGAAAUGGUUUUCUGUGCCCCCUCAGGAUUUGUGUUUGUCUGUCAAAUUAGUGGACACCCCUGGGCAACAAACUGCCUGAGAAACUUUUCCACCCCUACUCAGUGUCUGCUGGGUACCCUCAUUACACCAUUCUCCAUUCAUUCUGUAAAUGAAUCUUCUCAUUGGGCAAGCCCUUUGAAGCUUUUGACUAGAGUGACUCGUGAUUUACCAAGAGAGGUACCAGAGGUACCAGGUACCAGAUGGUAUAAUUUUGGUCAUUCCUUUUUACCCUGGUGGGGAGUGGCUGCCCAUCAAUGGGUACUUCAGAACCUUUCCCAAACUCUGAUAACUAUAGCCAAUGAAACAGCUUUAUCCCUUUCUGAUCUACAUCACUCCUUGGAUUCUCUUGCCAAAGUCAUGCUGGAUAAUCGAAUGGCCCUAGAUUACAUGCAGGCUGAGCAAGGGGGGGUGUGUGCAGUUGCUAACAUGUCCUGUUGUACUUAUAUCAAUACUUCUUCUCUGGUGGAAACCAGUAUAGAAAAGAUCAGGCAGAAAGCUACUUGGUUGAAGCUAGCAUGAGAGUAUCAGGUAUCCACUUUAGACAGCCGGGGUCUAGGUUGACAGGCCUAUUUUCUAGUCUUUUUCUCUAGAUCCCAAAUGGUAUCUAAUUUGUUUCAUUAGUUACCUUGCAUUUUGAGAUGACCAUCAUGUGGGUUAUAGUCAAUAUAUAUAUAUACUUUCCUGCCUGGCCAUUCAGUAUACUUAUAUGCAAAACCACAGUGGGGCUUUAAAAGACACAGAGAUUCUGGCAAGGACAAAGUAUAUAUACUUUUCAGAAAAUUUCCCUGACGUCACCCAACUUCAGCAGGAAGCGGACAGAUGUUUAUAACGCCCCUUGUUUCCAUGGAAAUAGGAGGGAAAAAAAUGCCAGCAGGAAAAUUUUAAAAGAGACAUUUAAAUGGUUGUAGUUUUAGUCUAGAAACUAACUUGCUUUACUAACCAGCCUGCUUUUUGUGAUGAUUCACAUUUAAUUGACAAUUUUCUCUCUCUCUGCCUUUCCUUCCUUGUGGGGGGAAUUCAAGAUUAGAACUCAAGAUUAGCAGUUUUUUGGCUCCCUAGCUUGCUGACACAGGAAAGUAAGAAAGUAACGUCAACAAGACAUACAACGUGGAAAACUGGCACCAGUAAUCGGGAGAUAAGUGAUCUCCUCAGAUCAUCAUCCGGCACUGAGUCAUGGCUUCUAGUCAUGGUUUCUGAACACUUAGAACUCACUUCUUGGACUUUUGCUUAAAAAUCCUCAAUCCGUAAAGGACAGGGAAGGGAGGUAGCUUUUGAUAUUUAGUGUGAUGUUUUCCUCCUAUGUGUGAC